AUGCCGGAGCCGGAAACCCUCGGCAUCCUCGCCUUUGACGCCGGUAAGACCAUGUGUCGCCUCAUCUCCCUCUACAGCUCCCUCUCCGACGAAGAAAUCACCAAACUCCUAGAUGAGGUGGUAAAAUCCAAAGGUGUAACAUAUUUGAAUUCCAACCAAGAAAAUUUCCUCCUCACCCUAGCCGCUGCCGAACGCCUCGAGGAGCUCGACAACAUCGCCGUUACUGUCUCCCGUAUAGGCGAGAAAUGCUGUGACCUUGGCCUAGCAAGGUUUGACCUUGUCUAUGCCGAUCUUAAACAAGGUGUAAUUGAUCUCCGAAAGCUGCCAUACAACUCUCGGAGCUCUAUCAAGAUCAUUGAGAAAGCGGAGAAACUCAUCUCCGCGACCUCUAGUCUCUAUUCUGCCAUGGAAUAUAUGGCAGAAUUAGAGGCCGCGGAGAAAAAAAGACAACAACAACAACGUUAUUGGAACACAACAACAAAACCAAGUCUCAAGCCAAACAUGGAAUAUUUCAAUGAGAAAUUAGUGUUUCAAAGAAAGCAAGUGCAAAAUUUUAAGGAAACAUCAUUAUGGAAACAAACAUUUGACAAAACGGUUGGGAUCAUGGCAAGGCUUGUGUGCAUUGUGUAUGCAAGAAUAUGCUCCGUUUUCGGAGCAUACAUUAAUGAAGAACAGGAUGAGAACAACAAUUCCAUGCUCUUUGGUUUUGGGUUUGACCAUUGUUGCCUUCUGGAACACCGUGAAUUGUAUCAUAAUUCAAAUCACGGUGUUUCAGAAUGGUACGAGGAAGCACUCCAGAAGCGCGUGGUAAAGUCAGGGCCGAUUUCCAAAGUAGCAACGAAACCUAAUGUGAUCAGGUUUCUCAACAAUCCUAUGCCAAUGGAUUUUGCUUCUGGUCGUGACGGAACUGAGAAAAUGAUGAAUGGUAAGCAUGAUAAGGUUUUAAAGCUCGCCCCGCCAUCAACAGUGGGUGGAGUUGGGCUUGCUUUGAGGUAUGCUAAUUUGAUCCUACUGGCGGAGCGUUGUCUCCAUGCGCCCGCGACAGUUGGAGAGGACGCACGUGAGGCCUUAUACGAGAUGCUACCGGGAAGAUUAAGAAUGAAGGUAAAGGCGAAGCUAAGGGGACGGUGGGCGAAAGAGGGAGACGAAGGAAAUGACGGGCACUCACUGGCCGAAGGGUGGCGGGAGGCGGUGGAGGAGCUAAUGGAAUGGCUGUCUCCGGUGGCGCAUGACACAGUCCGGUGGCAUGGGGAAAGGCAUUUGGAGAAGACAAGAUUCGAGACAAAGCCUACGGCAAUGCUUCUGCAGACAUUGCAUUACUCUGAUUUGGAGAAGGCAGAGACUGCCAUAGUGGAAGUGUUGGUUGGUUUGAGUUGUGUAUAUUGGUGUGAGAGAAGAUUAUAG